CUGCCUCUGCCCAGCAGCAAGAUCUGGAGGGGAGUUGCCAGACCGAUCAUGGGAUGGGGGGGGGGGGGGGGGGGGGGGGGGGCGUAGGAGCCAGGAGCCCCGCUUAUAAGAGGACCAACCCCUCCCCGCCCCCCUUCACUUCCAGGCGCCGGCUGAAAAUGCAGCUGUCUCGCUGCUGCCUGCUCUUCCUGGUCCAGGGGAGCAUCUCCCUGCUGGUGAUCUGUGAACAGGAACAAGGGGAGGAUGCUGAGCAAGGUGAAAAUGAAGUUCAAGACAAAUCUCAACUGCAGAAGAAGAGGGAGCACCUCUUCCCAAAGUCCCUACUAACUCAAACCCCACUGCAGAAUUUGACUCACCUAGAGUUGGUCUCUAGUUCACAAGAGUUCUGGGAAAUCCUGGACAACCUGUCUGAGCUGGACCAGGGCCUACACUCUCGAGGACGCAGGGAACCCGUGGCAAACACAGGAAAGUUUAAGAAAAUUUUUGGCUGGGGUGAUUUUUAUUCUAACAUCAAGACAGUAAAACUGAACCUCUUGAUCACUGGGAAGGUAGUUGAUCAUGGUAAUGGUACCGUUAAUGUCUUCUUCCGGCACAACUCCACUGGACAGGGGACUAUCUCCGUCAGCCUCGUCCCUCCCACCAAGACAGUGGAGUUUGACCUGGAGCAGCAGAUCUUCAUUGAGGCCAAAGAAUCCAAGAUCUUCAACUGCCGGGUGGAUUAUGAGAAAGUGGAUCGUGCCAAGAAAACCACACUCUGUACUUACGACCCCUCCAAAACCUGCUACUAUGAGCACACCCAGAGUCAUGUCUCCUGGGUCUGUUCCAAACCCUUCAAAGUCAUUUGCAUCUACAUCACCUUCUACAGCAUAGACUACAGGCUAGUGCAGAAGGUGUGUCCUGACUAUAACUACCACAGCGAUGUACCUUAUUACCCCUCUGGAUAAUAGACCUCUUCCAUCUCAGGAUAGCCCAGAGACCCAUGUCCUGGGGAAAUGGUUUUGUAAGCUGAAGCAGAGCGCAUGGGUCUCUAGAAACCAGAGUUCUGAUGCACGACAGAAAAGGAAGGAGUACUGAUUUUCCCUAAAAGCCUAAGCAUUGAAGAAAGGAAUUCUAGACUCAGGGUACGUUUCUAAACCUGACCCAGAGCUGUGGUCUUUAGAGACUGGGCUAUGUAGAAGACGCCUGGACAUGAAGUACAGAAAUCAACAUCAGGAUUUGGGUUUCUCAACAUAAGAAUAUUUGCCUAGACUUAGGUCACAUGGCCAAGAAAUGAAGGCCUGGACAUUGGGUCAAAGGGUCUACAGACACAUGCUUAAAAACCAAACAAACUGUGGCCUGGAUCUAGAGUAAGAGGUCUCGUUGGAGAUGAGGAUAUUAAAGGGGACUCAUGCUAGUGUAUUAAAGAUGGCUGUUUGACAUCAGUGGGUAACCAUGUACUUAGAACUCUACCAAAGUAUGAGCUGGAGUUGACUAUUGGGUCUUAUGUGUACAAUCUGUAUUUGGGAGUGCAGGUGCCUCCAGAGACUAAGAGCUAAAAGCUCAGAAGUAGAAAUGUUUGGAGGAUCCUCUGCCACAAUUAGGCAGUAAUGAAGAAGGGAAAUUAGAUUGCCUGGGGAUGACAAGUUUCCAGAUGAAGUGUCAUUUCUUCUCCCUGUGGGGUUUUCAGACUUAACCACUCCCGACCACUGGAGUUUUUACAGAAUCUCAGCCCUAUGGAUUGACAGAUAAAGAAACCCUGGUCAACUCAGUCAAAAAUCGCUGAUACAGUAUAUACGAUUCACGAAUUUCCCUUCAUCAAAUCCAUGACCCACAUCACUCCUGUUCUCCCCCUUGUAUCUGCAUUCUCAGUCACAUCAGCACUCCACAUUCUUCCUGCUCUCCAUUAUCGGUCUACCUCCAGCAGAUCUCUUCCACCCGUCACUGAGCUCCAUAGCAUCAGUCCUAUAUACUAUGUAGCUUCUGUAUUAUUAUUUUGGUGAGAAGGGGUGUGUGUGUGUGUGUGAGAUCAAGUGCUGCCUGUAUCAUUUAAUUUAUUUUAAAAAAAAAAAUCCUGUCCUUGAAAUGGAGAAUAAAGUUUCCCCAGUGCUAAGAGGGCAGGGUAAGUGUUUUCACUGAGAACCAUCUGGUCUUUAAAAGAGAGUCUCUUCCCUGGCUAAAAAACAAAAUCUUCAGUUAUGAAUGAGAAAUGCAAAAUGCAUGAUCCAGUCUCCUAGCAUGCCCUCUCCCAACACCACUGCCUAUAUAUACUAUUCUGUUCAGGUUUUUCCCCUGCACUCAUUUUUCUACUAUCUGAGCAUUGGAUACAUUUUUAUUAGCCUGCAGGACUCAAAUGUGCGACCUUUAGCAUUUUAAAUCAAGCACAGUAUGGGGUUGACACUCUGCAGUGGAUGUGUGGCUUCUGAGUUUCUAAACGGGGCUUCAUAGCCUCAAAUCUCUCUGCCUUUCCCCAUACAUUAGAACCUUACAAACUUCACUUUGACGCACAGAAUGCGCAGACCCAGCGAGCUCUCCAUUCUGUCCCGUUCCACCCCCACACUGUGCCAAGGUCUCACAUUACAAAGACUUUAUCACGUCAGUGAACUCCCAUCCAAGUACAUUUACUACUGUAUUAUGCACUGAAACUGAAUGACAGUUAAAGUAGGUUUUGUUAUCCAGUAUGGUGUUGUUUUGUUUUUAAAUCAUGUUUCUUUACCUGGUUGCUAAUUCACAAUGGAUCUUCUGGUUAUUACAGAAAGUCAGCGAGGCUCUAUUAUAUGUAUCUGAACAUUUACAGAGUAACACAGAGAAGCAAGCCAGACUACAUCACUCAAAAAUAAAUAAAUAAAUAAAAAUUGCUUUAGUUGAAUAAUCAGAGAAUUUUUACUCUUCACAAACCAGAGCACAAAAUACCUUGAAAGCUCAGUUGUAAAAAACACAAAAAACAAACAAACAGUCAUAAUAUCUGAUAUUUUGAAAUGAUUGCUUUCAUCUAAUGGGGAACAAGCUAAGGUACAUCCCCAGAAGGUUUCAUGCUUCCUUUGAAAAGAAAUAAAGAAAAAUCUGUUAACCCCUUCCCUCCCACCGUAAGAGGAAAAAAAAAUACACAAAAGUUGCUCACUUGGAGAUAUUUCUGAAAAUUAAAAUUUUCAGAGCAUCAAAGACAGACAGACAGGCUAUACAGGAUGCAGCAUUUUAGAAAGCAAUAGGGCAGCUGGUGGUUACUAGGAGACCAGCACCGUCUAUUAUUUUAGAUAAGAAUCAUCUCCUCCCAACUAACCAAGCAACACAAGAUGAUCAAAAGAGAAUUUCACUAAAUUAAACGGCAAACAAAAGAAGGUAAAACACACAAGCUAGAUACACAUUCUAUCAACUAUGUGGCUCACCCCACUUUGUUCCACUAGAUCCGAAUGAGACCCUUUGUAACAAUUUAUUCACCCUCUGUUCAAGGAAAUAGCUGAGAAUACACAGAGAUUUCCUUGCAUUUCUUGAGCUCUAUUUUGUA